GUAUAAAUAUAAUAAAAUAAUUUUUUUUACAUAGAGAGGAUGUAUGUAUUAAGUUUUGAUAUCAUAACACAAAGUGAUUAUUUUAUCCAGAAUGUAGCAUGUGAUUAACAAGUCAUUUAUAUAGUAAAAGAAUUUCCGCUUUUUAUUUCUUGUGCGUUUCUCUGUUCUAAAUGUUUCUUCUACCAUGCACGCAGUUUCAAGUAAAAUAAAUGAGUAAUUGCUGAUCUGUGCAACCUAAUGACACAAUUGUCUUGAAUCCGCCAAAAUAGCCGUAUUGUGAAAUGAUUAUUCGAAAAACAAUCUUGCUCAUCAAGAAAUCAGUUUAGCGGAGAAACAUGACCGAAAUAUUUCCUUUAUAUUUUUCAAAGUAACUUCUCUUAAAAUGCCUGCAAUGGCACAGAAUACAUAUAUAAUUGAUGAUGAUAAAACGACUCAAUUGAUUAGAUGUUUUAAUACAUGGCGAGACGCCGCCUGAGCACGUGAUAUAUAUUAAGCACGUGAAAAAUGGUGUGAUCAAGCCUGGUCAGCCGGUUUAUGCACAGGAGCGAUUAUCGCUAAAUAUCGGAGCGAUAUCGGCAAUAAAUACUCGCAAUACCGAUUCUGCGGUACGUGCCGUAAUACAGAUUUGCGCAAACUUGCGUUCUCCCCUUCCGCUGCUACCGCGAUUGGCAGAGAUAUCAGGUCGCUCGCGACUCGAGGAUGAAUAUCUUCUUAUCAGAGCAGCAUGCGCAUAUGACGACAGAAAAAUAAGCGGCAAGCUGACCCGUUAACAUUCCCUCAGUUUCACGCUGGAAUUCUCGGUGAUAAUUAGUCCACGUCAUUCAGUAUAGCUUCAGUCGCGUGGUCGCGAGGUCGCGAACGAAGUUCUGUCAUUGACGGCGAUCCAGAAGAGGCGAGAUAAAGGCUGCCACUACCAUUGCCACCGCCGCCUCCGGUUGACGUCUCUAUUCUUCGCCGCGCGCCGACCAAGAAGGCAGUCCAGAGAGCAGUUCAAGCGAUGUGUCAUUGAAUUUUGAAUCAUUCCUCAUAGCGAUCGGCGGAUCGGUCUGACACGCUGCUCCGCUUACGUCGUCUCGGCCUCGGCACGGGAAAGGAACAAGGAUGGCACAGGGAAAGGAAGCACAAGCAGCCGGGAAAAUCGAGCUGAAGAGAGAACUGGGACUCUUCAGCGCGGUCAGCAUCAUCCUAGCGGUGAUGAUAGGCUCCGGCAUCUUUGUGUCACCGACCAGCGCUCUUGAGCGAUCAGGAUCCGUCGGAUUUUGCCUGAUCGUUUGGGCCAGCUGCGGCCUGCUGUCCCUUUUGGGCGCGCUCGCCUUCGCCGAGCUGAGCACGGUGGUGCCACGUUCCGGCGCGGAAUAUGCGUACUUCAUCGAGGCUUUCGGGCCGCUGCACUCUUACGCUGGUCAAAUACCGGCGUUCACCUGCUCCUGGAUCUACGUGAUGCUGCUGCGACCGGCGGAAGUGGCGGUGAUCAUACUGACCUUCGCGGAAUACAGCGUGCAGCCGUUUUCCGGCUAUCUGCAGGACCUACCCGCCGACUCUAUGGCGAUCCUGAAGAAACUCAUAGCCAUCCUGGCGUUGGGCCUGAUAACGUACAUCAAUCUCAUCAGCGUGAAGCUCUACGUGAAGGUGCAGAACGUGUUCACCGUGUGCAAAGUGCUCGCUUGCGUCGUCGUGAUCAUCGGCGGGAUAUGUUGGCUGAGCGCGGGUCACGUGGAGCUGCUCAAGGAUCCGUUUCGCGGCACCACCACGUCGAUCGGUAGCGUGGCCUUGGCCUUCUACAGCGGUCUCUGGGCGUACGACGGCUGGAGCUCGGCCGCGAUCGUCACUGAAGAAAUCCAGAAGCCGGAGGUCAACAUCCUCAGGAGCAUUCUCAUCGCUGUGCCGACCAUCACAUUCCUCUACGUGUGCAUGAACCUGAUGUACAUGGCGGCACUGACGAUGCCAGAGAUGGUGAGCGCGCCGGCGGUGGCAGUCCUCUGGGCAGACCGAGUCCUGCCAGCCUGGAUGGGCUUCGCGAUCCCGCUCGGUGUCGCAUUAUCGACCUUCGGGUGUGCCUUGAGCGUGCAGUUCGGCGUGUCCCGAUUGUGCUUCGUCGCGGGCCGAGAGGGCCACGUGCCGCGCGUCUUCAGCUACGUGCACGUCGAGAAGAUGACACCGGCGGCGGCGGUGGCCUUCCAGGGCGCGCUCUCGUUAAUAUGCCUGCUGCUCGGCAACAUAAUCGCCCUGAUCGAGUUCGCCAGUUUCCUCACGUGGGUGUUCUACGGAUUAGCCAUGAUCUCGCUCAUAAUCAUGCGGCGAACAAAACCAAACGCUCCUAGACCGUACGCCGUGCCCAUCGUGGUACCCUGGCUGGUGCUGUGCGUCUCCAUCUUCCUCGCGGUGUUGCCCAUUAUUCAUGAACCGUCGGUGAAGUACCUCCUCGCAGUUGCAUUCAUCCUGUGCGGUGUUGUCGUGUACCACGUUUUUGUGUACAGGAAGAUAAGGAGCUCUUUGUCGGCCAAGCUGACAUACUUCGUACAAGCGCUGUGCCUAGUUGUUGCACCAGACAAACAGGAAGACUGACAGAUCAUCUUUGGUCCACUAUCAGUGUACAUAAAUGUGUGGUGUACUAAUUUGCUCAUGUGCCUGAAAACGCAUUUUUUACGAACAUUUUUGUCAGAAAUAUUGACGUUACAUUGUGUAGCUCUUUUUUAUCGUCCAAAAUGAGUUACAAGUUCAGCCUUUUAUGUGAUAAUUAAAUAUAUAAAUAAGAAUAAUAAGCUCUAUACUAUGUAAAAUAAUUAAAGAAUGUUUACGAAUAGGUUUUUAUAUUUUAAGACUUUAUAUAUUAAAACAUUUUGUAUAUUAUGUAUCAUAAGAAAAUAUCAAUUUAUAUGAGUAAUACAAUGUUCUCAUGAAAGAUGUAAAUAUUUCAGACAGAUAACAUUUUGCAUAUUUGUGCGAUUCCGUAAUAUUUGUCAGAUAUUAUAAUUACAAAAUGUAAAUAAUAUGUUGACAAGUAUUAGAAAUAUAUAAAUACAGUCUCGAUAUAAUAAAUGUCGGCGUAUAAUAAAUGAUAAAAAUUAUGUUAAUUGUAAUAUAUUAUACUACAUUAUCAUGUACAACGUCACGCAUUUAUUAUAUCUAAUAAUAUGCAAUAUUAUUAGAUAAUAUCUGAUAAUAUUUGAGAAAAAUUUGAGAAUCCUAGUUAAACAAUUCUUGCGAUAAUUGUUUCGAUAGUAAUAAACAUAAGUGUAGCUACUCGUAUGUUUAUAUAAUUAAUGAUAUUUUCCUGUAUAAAUAAGCUAACCAAAAUAAAAUUCACAUAAUUUCUUUUACAUUA